AUGCAAAAUAAUGACGGCAUUGUUAAUUGGGACGAAAUUCGACAAUUUAUUGAUUGUAGAUACAUAAGCGCCAUGGAAGCUUGCUGGCGGCUUUUUGAAUUUAAACUUGGCGAUCGCACCCAUGCAGUGAUGGCUUUACCUGUACACAUGCCGGACUACCAUCCGAUAAAUUUUGACGAAUUCGAUAAUGUCGAUAAAAUAAUAGAAGCUCUAGAUAAACCCACCAAGUUAACUGCCUAUUACAUUUUAAAUUCCAAUCACAUGGAAGCGAGGCAAUAUAGAUUUUAUGAAAUACUAGAGCAUUUUACGUGGGAAACUAGACAGCAUAUUUGGCGUCCGAGAGUACAGGUGACAAAGAUGUUUGGGUGCAUGGUCGAGGUGUCGCCGUUAGAUUUGGAAAAAUGUUGUUUACGUUUGUUAUUGUCGCACGUGUCGGGAGCCACGUCAUUUGAAAGUUUAAGAACAGUUGACGAUACGAAUAUGAUCGCUGUUUGCGACAAGCUUUAUGGUUUCGCAUGCAUUGAUAUGUUGUGUGGCAGCGGCGUUGUCGGACAAAUUUCGGAACUUUGGGAAAGGCAUAGAGCAGAUUUGAUAGAAGAUUUUUCGCAGCAGUAUCAAGGAAACGAUAUGUUUGCAGAAACAAGAGCAUUGAUGGGAAUCGCAGAUGUUUUAAGGAGAAAUGGCAAUUUUACUCUCGCCCAAUUUGGCUUGCCUGCUACUACAAUAGCAGACAAAGAACUAAUAAUAAAACUCUUACAAGACAAUUCUUUAAAUAAAAUUGGAAGCAACGUUGCCGGAUCAUCCAAAUAUAGCGAUAUAAUUAAAAAUAGUGAAAACCCGAAAAAUGAAAAAAGUGCCAACAACGAAAAUAAGAAAAAACAUCAACCCGAAGAAAAAACAAACAAAAUAACAGGAAGCAAAGUAAGCACCACAACUUUAUUUACUUCCGCUACUAAAAAAGCUCAAAUUCAUUUGGGAAAAGUAUCUCUUAAUACUGAAAUAACGAAAAUCAAAAGCUAUAUAGAAGAAAAAUUUAAAAUUGAAGACUUUAAUGUAACAGCAUGUCCAAAGCGCGAAAACGCCAAAAAUUUUGCUGGCGAUGAACAAUCUUUGAAUGAAGAGAAGCGUGAGAUAUUUCAUUUAGUAAUGUCUGCUAUUAAAGAUAAUAACAUCGAUGUGCCCGAUGAUUUUAUAAAUAUGUUUUAUGUCGAUGCUUCCGGUGGUACCGGAAAGACGUUUCUUUUCAAUACUUUAUUAAAAACCUUAAGAAUAAGACGAUUCGAUACAGUUACCAUUGCAUGGACAGGGAUCGCUGCUUCUCUUUUGCUGGCAGGAAAGACGGCGCACAAAGCGUUUAGGCUACCGUUGAACACUGAGAAUACAGGCCGAUGCGGAUUUCCAAUAGAAUCGGAAAGAUCCAAUUACAUUAAAAAUGCAAAGUUAAUUGUGUGGGAUGAGGCGCCCAUGUCACCCAAAUAUGCCAUUAGUUUGGUUAAUAAUUAUUUACGUGCUAUAAUGCAAAAACCAAGACGACCGAUGGGUGGAAAAAUUGUAAUUUUUGGAAGCGAUUUUCGUCAAAUUUUGCCUGUAGUUUCGCACGGACAUCGAACACAAAUAGUUGCCACUUCUUUUAAAGCAAGUCCGCUGUGGCCUUUGAUGAGAAAAUGUCAAUUACAUGAAAACAUUCGAGCUGGACCUGACGAGAGAGAAUUUAGAGAUUUUGACGAUAUUGAUUUCGAUGAUGAUUUCUUUAACCAAUUAGUAAUUUCCGAAGAGGAAGACGACGACGACGACGACAAUGUUCCUGCUGCUGCUGCUGUUGCUGCUACUGAUGCUACUGUUUACGUUGAUGACGACGAACAGCUCCGGCGUAUACUUAUGCCCACUUUUUCUUCUCAACAAUUACGACAACGUGUGUCUACCGGAGAUCAAGCAGGCACUAAAGGAUUGCGAAUGCCAACACCUACCAAACAACCACGAGUUACCUACAGUGAAUCCGACGAUUCCGAUUAG